AUCAAAUCAAAACUCUACUAAUCAAGUCGGGUCUCCCUAAUCAAGAAUCUUUUUCUUUCCAUCUAUAUUCUAUAGUUUUCCUGUUUUUUAGUUGGGGUCAUUAAGCUUUCCUUUCUCCAUUUUCAGUCCAAGUUCAAGAACGAUUCUGGAUGCUCGAGCUCUUUUUACUUUAUUCUGAUUAAAUAUUAGCAAAACCCAAAACAGGAGUUCAAUUGUUUCUCGUUCUAUCUUCAUCCGCAAUUGCAGCCGGAAAUGGGCGGUAGUGAAGUGGGCUGCUCGAGUUCUAAUCUAUGGUUUGCUCAAGACCCCAGCAAAAGAUGGGGUGAAAUAUUCUUCCUUCUCUACACUCCCUUUUGGCUCACUCUUUGCCUCGGAAUUGUUGUUCCUUGGAAGCUUUAUGAGAAUUUCACAGAGUGGGAGUACCUUGUUCUGGGACUAGUUUCAGCACUCCCUGCUUUCAUUAUUCCCAUGAUAAUUGUUGGGAAGGUAAAAUUGAGGGAUGUUUUCAUGAGCGUUGUAACAACUAUUGUUUUCCUCAAAUUUUACCAGGCGGACAGCAGCAAAUCUUGGAAGGAUCGUUAUUGGGUAAAAGAUCCAACAUUCUGUGGCUCACUUGCCAGAAAACAUGCAGUGGUGUUUCAAAGCUGCCUGGAUUUUCGCCCUUUCGUACUUCAUAGCAUAUCUAGAGACACUAGCUAUCUCCAAUUUUCCCUAUUAUGAAUUUGUGGACCGUGCUUCCAUGUACAAAGUUGGCUCCUUGUUCUAUGCGAUUUACUUUUUCGUUAGCUUCCCUAUGUUUUUGAGGAUUGAUGAGAAGCCUGGUGAUCGUUGGGACUUGCCUCGGGUAGCCAUUGAUGCUUUAGGUGCAGCAAUGCUAGUCACCAUAAUCCUUGAUUUAUGGCGUAUUUUUCUUGGCCCAAUUGUACAAAUUCCAGAUUCCAAACAGUGCCUUCAACCGGGAUUACCUUGGUUCCUAGGUAAUGCCUAAGUGGGACCCAUAUUGAUGUAGCAAGAGACAGUUGAGCCAUUCUCGUCUGGGCACAUCUUUCUCUCUCAAGCUACUUCAUGUAAGGCUGUAACUAUUAAUGUAUUUUCUAACGUGAGUUCAGUUUCUGUGAUGUUGUUCGCCAUUCGCUAUGUUGUUGUUUGCUAUGCUGUUGGCUUGCAUGUUUUGAACUGUAAGAGUGAUGGAUUCAAGUACUUGAGAUAUGUUUCAGAAUUAGUCUUAAAUUUCAUCCGUUUUCAUA